AUGCAGAUACUUCUUACCGAGUUUUUCAUUGAGGCGUUCGAGGCGCCCGAGCUGAAGGCCGUAGAAUGCACUCACAUAGUACCGAAAGACCUCUCAUACCCGUUCCUAGGCUGGAAAUUGGACGAUCUCGUCGAGUUCGCGUGGCAAUUCGACGGCGCUGAACAGGGCAUCGUAGGCACGGAAUUUGUCAUCAUGGAUGAUCAGACACUUGAGGAUAAGACAGUGGUACUCGUUACGCCAUCCGAGGGCUAUGACGAUGUAGAGACAGCGCCUAGACUAACUGCACGAUCGGAUUUUCGCUCUAGCGUCAUUACUCUGAAUGCCAAGAGUAUCGGAGUGGGUGGCGAUGAACCAUGGGAGGAAGCGGCAGAGGAUGUUGGACGGGUAUUUAGACUGUAUGACGAAAAGAGUUCAGAGUAG